AUGGACAAUGAAACUGGCAAUGUCGAAGAAACAUCAUUUUCUGCUCUUCAAGUUAACGAGUUAUUUUUGCGUAAAAUUCUUACAGGGAACAAUUCUUCCAUGGAUCAAUCGGUAACUAUUCCUUACCGGCGGAGCGUCGGCACGGUUCCUUUCCAGUGGGAGUCACGGCCAGGAACCCCUAGACAUCAUCUUGUACCGAGGAAAGAGAUUGUCCCUCCGGUUACGCCACCACCGGCUUCGUCGACAUGGAACAGCCAAGAGUUUGAUAAGCAUUGCAUCAACAUGUCAAGAGAAACAAGAGCUGGCUUUUGGAAGAAAUCCAAGAAAAAUUAUCAAGGUAAAAAAAAGGCUAAAGGAAACAUUGAUGAGUUUGGUUGUUAUAUGACUUCAUCUAGUACAAAUUCAAGAUCUUCAUCAUCAACUUCUUCCGAACGGACUUCAUCAAGAUUACGUAGUUUGGCCAAGGUAUUGGUUAAAUGGGCUAAUAUCUAA